UUGCAAUUAAGUUUUCAUCGGUUACAGUUUAUCCAAAGAUGAUUUUGAACAUUUUUUCCAAUUUUUUUGUACUAAUCCAUCUUUUUUCUGUUAGUUACUCACAAAGUAACGAACCAGCAAAUUUUUCAGGAAAGAAACCCAAUGCAGAACAACUCACCUUUACAUUUUAUAAAGAUGCAAAUUCGAAACCAGAGGUUUAUCAUACAACUUCUUCAAGUCUUCAUAUUGCCCAAAGUUUAACAGUCUUCAUAAUCCCCGAUCAUGAUGAAAAUAGUAAAACAGAAUGGGUUGAGAAACUAAGGGUCGCAUUGCUUAAAAAAUAUCAGGUCGUAAUUAUCGAUUGGUCAAUAGCAGGAGGUGAUCCUAAUACAGCGAAAGAUAAUACAAAAUUUGUGGCCGACAACUUAGCUACGUUUAUUACAGAUGCGAAAGUGCCUGCGAAUCAAGUUAUUCUUGUGGGACUGGGAUUCGGAGCCCAAAUAGCCGGUUUAACUGGAAAAGCGUACACAUCCCAGAAUAGUGGCCAGAAACUUUUCAUUAUCAUAGCUUUGGACCCAGCAGCGGCAGGAUUUGAAGUGGAAAAGAGAUCUAAGACUAAAAUACCUGAUUCAAACAAGCUGAUUGCAACUGAUGCGACAAUUGUAUCAUGCACUCAUACUAAUUGUCAGAAGUAUGGAGUCAAAGCAGCAACUUGUACCAUAGAUUAUUAUGUAAAUGACGGAAAUGUACAACCCGGAUGUACUGAUGAUAAGGAUAAAUGUAGCCACACGAGAGCAGCUGAAAUAUUUUUAGCAUCUUUAGAAGUAUCUAAUGCAAAAGCUCAAGAAGCUUCUGUUACAGUUUUGAGAGAUAAAGUUGCUGUUAGGACGACAUCAACAAAAACAGAGUUAUAUGGAUUGAGCAUUGGACCAACAUCCAAAGGAAUUUACCAGCUAAAAACUACAAAUACUCCACCUUAUCUGACUAAAUAAUGUAUUUAAUAGAUUUUUCGUGAGAAGUUUCAUAAUUUAUAAUAAAGAUUUUUGUUUGGGCA